AUGCAACUUCCCUCGUGAGGGAUGCGAACACGCAUGCUCUUUGCCUUGCCACGGAACUACGAGCUGUCCUUCUUCACUGUGCAAACAGAAGGUCGAAGUAACGUGCACGUGUGGACGACGCAAGACGCAGCUUCAUUGUUUUGAAGUUCCAGCUGAAAUGUGUCACUUUUACAGUUGAUUGAUGUUUAGGUGGACAAGAUGUUCGCCGGAAAAUCAGAAAAGACGACUGAUGGUUUUGCGGAGAAUAGUGAGGGAAAAUUAAAGCGAUGCAGUAGUAUGACGGAACUCAACUGGUUUUGAAAUUUCACGCGAAAUCUUUGAAAAAAAAGUUUUUUUAGCCUUGAGUGCGACGAAGAUUGCAAAAAGCUUGAACGCAACAAGAAGUUAGCGAUCGCUCUGGACAUUGAACUUGACGAAUCCGGAGAAACCAUUUUACUUCCCACUAUCACAUAUAGUGACUAUCUAAAGGUGAAUUCUCAUCUUUUUCUGUUUGAUGUGUAUUUCUAUAAUUUAGAACAUUAUGAAGUCUCACCCAGAUUUUGUGAAGUACAUCGAGAAAGUCAUCGUGGAUAUUUUGAAAGAAUUGAAUGACGUUGGUUUAUUUUUUGCUGUCGAUAAUUAAUUGUAUUUUGUCAGCCCAUGAAAUCGCAAGAUUGCUUUACGCUCCACAUGGAUCCUAUGGGUGUAGAGAAAAGACGGUUCAUCCACAACUACGCCCAGUAUUUCAAACUCGAAUCAUACAGUGUCGACAUUUCUCCAAAGCGCAGCAUAGUCUUGAAAGCAAGGCGGUAAGAGUUUGAUUUUUGCAUUCAUUUUCAAAAUCGUUUCUUCCUUCAGAGGAUACUCUUCACAACCAUUAAUACUUUUGAGCGAUUUACCUAAUUAUCGUGGAGCUCUGGCCACACCUGGGCCAAUUACUCUGAGAAAGUAAAACUUCAUUUUUUUUUUUUCAAAACCACUAUGAUCAAUUAAGAGACGAGUUCGAUUCUCUGAAGAAAAAACCCGCGGAAGGACCUGUUGAAAGUGAAAAAGAAGGCUUGAAACCACUCAGGUCAGAGCGGGAAGUUUAUAAAAGGGUGCCGCAAACUUUAACGGUGUGUUUAACUUUUUCUGGUUUUCAAAAAAGAUUUGGUUUAGAUCCGCCCUCGCUCUCCCGUGCAACAGUCUAACCCUUUCUCUGUUUUGGAUAGCGACGUCGAAGAAGUUGAAGAAAAAUGUUCGGAACAAAAACAAAAAGAUUGGUGGGACGAUCCUGAAACGAAGGAAAUCACGCCAGCGAAUGAAUCAGAAGUUCAAGAAACUGAAGAAGUAGUUGCUUUGUCAGAUUGUUGAGUCUGCCUUUCGAAAAAAUUUUGUUUGUUGUCCUUUUGGUCGUAUUUCGUGUCAAAGUAUCUAUUGAACGGUGUAUAUUUUUUAACGAGUAAAAUAAACAUAUUAAUUUAAUUGGAAAGGAAAAUUUCGAUGAAAUGGUUGGAGUGAGCCUUUUAUUACUUUAAGCUUCGGUUUUAUUUGUCACCUUUUAUUAGCCGAAAUCAGGUAACGGGAUGCAGUGCGAUGACGUCACGUGGAACGUUUUGAAUAAAGGACAAUGCUCUUUCAAAGCAUGGUAGCUAUUGUUUCGGCCAUCUCUCAGUUCUUCCUCUCGUUUUAGGACCAAACCGACCUUGUUCUGCCGCAACGAGUUCAACUUGACAGGCCUCUGUAAUCGCGCCUCUUGUCCCCUUGCCAAUUCACAGUACGCGACGGUCCGCGAAGAGAAUGGUUCGACUUUCUCUUUUUAAUUGAGAUCUUGUACCGAAUGCCUACAGGUGUUUGUUAUCUGUAUGCAAAAGUGAUCGAGCGAAGUCACUAUCCUCGUCGACUUUGGGAGAAAACCAAGCUCUCACGCGAUAUGAAUAAGGUAUCGUGGAUUUUUUUUUGAAGCUCUAUUCACAGAUUUCCUCAGGCUUUGGAACAAAUUAGCGACCAAUUACUUCACUGGAGUGAGUAUGUCCGGCACAAAUGUAAAGCGAGGCUGAUCAGAAUUCACCAGUAUUUGAUUCGCAUGAGAAAACUUGCUGUUCGUGGGAAGUGAGCGAAAUAGUUAGCUUCCAUAUUGGUUUUCCGUUUUGAGCCAAAAGAAGAUAGUGACGAUUGGCCGGAAAGUUGAACGACGAGAAAAGCGAAGGGAGGAGAAAGCCCUGAUAGCUGCAAAACUCGAUCACGCCAUCGAGAAAGAACUUCUCGCAAGACUCAAGUUUUAUUUGAUUCUCCUCGAUUUUCACAGUGAUCGACUUGAGGCAAGGCACCUAUGGCGAUGUUUACAAUUUCCGAAAAGAAGCUUUUGAGCAGCUCUUGGACAACACUGAGAAGGAACUUGAGCAGGAACAGGAGGUUGAGCAAGACGAUGAGGUUUUUCCCGUUUUUUUGUUCUGCUUGAUUUAGAUAUUUGAAGCGAUCAAUCGAGGUUUGCUUGGAAAAGCUUGGGCAUUUUAUUCGCAAACUACUGAGUGGAUUAAAAAUAGUAAUGGCCUGAAAAAAUGAGCGCUUUCAAUACCACUUUUGCACACGCUGGGAGCUUUUAAGUGGCUCUUCAUUCUAGAAUAGUUCUUCCACGGAAAUUUAUUCACGUGCAAUUUUUUCGUUGGUUUUAUUUUCUUCUACAGUGAGACUGCAGAUUCUCGGAGCUUUUUCUUCGCAGAGACUGGAAAAAGAAAUAUUUUCGGGGAGCACAGGCACCUUUUUCGAAAGUUAAUUUCGAUCCAGUAUAUGUUUAACCUUUGAAACCUAUGAACUCGUUCAAGGAGACCGGAAAAACGACUUACGUUGCGGAUUUCAACUCUUCGGACGAAGAGGAUGAAGAUAUGGAAGAUAAUGGCGGUAGAUGGACCCCUCCAGACACGGACAGCGAAAACGAUGAUUGGAGAAUGGUCUCUUGCUUCCAGCACGUGUUUCCUGGAUUUUUCUCUUUUCAGGAGGAGGAAAGUGAUGAGGAUGAUGAAGAAGUUGACGACGAGGAAGAGGAUGACGUGGACGAGCCGCCAGCGAAAAAGAAGAUGGUUGCAAAAAGCGUGAAGAAAACGAAAAAGAAAGCAGAUUCCAAGGUCUCAAUUUCAAAGAAGUUGAAAAAGGUUGGGAAAAGGAAAAUCAUCAAUAAGAUCAUUUCUCUUCAGAGACAACGGCCACGCGUCGAAAUCGAAUACGAAGAAGAAGGACCAUCGAAACAGUCUAUUCGUUCUUAA